AUGACACAACGGCAAGCAUCGCAAGAACUGAUCUUUAUUUGUUUGAAAUUCGGUGUGAAAUAUCAAUCGAUUCAAAUUGAUCGAGCGAAUCCUGACGUUCUGGAUGUGAUUCGAAAACAUGCCGAAGACAUCGUCUCGAAAACUAUCGGCAGUCUCGAAGUCAACGAUCAUGUUCAUCAUAUUCAAUUAUUCUUGAUUUCACCCGAUCAUCAAACUCCGAGUUUGAAAUUAAUUAAACGUGCGAACGAUCUAACACCAACAUGUUUCAUCGAGAUCGUCAUCUGGCGUUCAGAUCAAGAGAAUUUAACACCACCACGCGAUCAUAUUUUAGUUGAGCAUAAUUAUAAAAAGCCCACGUACUGUUCGCAUUGCGAUUAUUUCAUGUGGGGCUUGAUUAAACAGGGCAAACGGUGCAAAGUUUGUCGGCAAGACUUUCAUCAUCAGUGCGCUGAGCAUUUGCCAGCCGACUGUCCGGGUGACGAUUCACGAAGUAGUUCACUCAUGCGUCGCGCAUCAUCGAACGUUACCAUCAAUUCAACGGCAUCACAAGGUCUAGUCAUAGUCGAUGCUGAUAUUAAGAAUGUUUCCAAUGAUCCACCAAUGAAAGGCAAAACACCGAAACGACCGAAAAUAUUCGGCGGCAGUAACAGAGGCAUUUUGGUGACGAAAACGACAACACCGAAUACACGAUCAGCAACUAUUGCAGCAGCACCAAGCACAUCGUCGUCAGCGGCUAGUAAAGCACCUCCGAUCAUACCGCCUCCUCAACGAAAUGAUUCGGUGUCAUCUAUGAAUGCGAACGAAACACCAUCGCCAUCACCACUCCCACCCCCACCAUCAGUACCAGCAACGAACGGUCGAAAAAAUGCACGAUUCACAUCGGAUCAAACUCUACAAGUCAAUAGUCGUACAGGUGGACCGUCUCAUGUCAAACCCGAUCGACGAAAGGACAUUAAAUUAACCAACUGUCAAGAGAAAGAUGGCAUUUGGACAGCAACAGCUCAGUUCGGACGAGAAAGUCGACAUAGCAAACGUGCAGAGAUCACAUACGAUAAGAAGAAGUUUCGUUUCACCCAAAAAGACGAUCAAGGCAAUAAACAUGUUUUCGAAAUUCCUGCAGCGGAUAUUGAAGAAAUCUAUGCGUCAACAUCACGAUUGAAAAAUAAGAAUCUCAUAUUGAAUACAUCCAAUCGAUCUCAAUCAUCGCCAAACAUGGUCGCUAACGGUGGUUCCAAUGAUACAAAAUCUGUUGCUCCACCAUCAUUAGUUGUUAUCUAUCAGAAACUAGCAUGCCUUCUUUUGGACACAAUCAAUGAAGCUGUUCAGUCGACAACCGAUCGAAAACUACGCUCAUCGUUUAAAAUGGUUCGUCGCACUGGUACGGAGAAUGACUCGAAUGAUUUCGCUGACUUGUAUGACAUGAAUGAAAAGGAAAUUCUCGGUAUGGGACGAUUCGGUAUGGUCUUUGGCGGUACAAUGCGCCGUAAUGGUGUGCGAGUUGCAAUAAAAAAGAUUCAAACAGCACAAUGCUCCGCCAAGGACCGAGAAAAUAUCGAACAAGAAGCAGCAUAUCUGUUUCAACUCAAUCAUCCCGGUACGUCGAAUAGAGUUGUACAUCAAUGUGAAUAUAGAGAGUUGUAUUCAUUAGGUAUACUCAAAUUCGAAGGUAUAUUUGACUUCGAACAACAUAUUUUUCUGGUCACCGAACGAUUGGAUACUGAUAUGUUGAAUUUCAUUCUUUCCAAUACCAAUCCGAAAGCACGUUUGAAUGAAGAUGUAACACGUUUCCUAGCGUUUCAAUUAGUUGCUGCGAUAAGAUAUUUACACUUUAAAAACAUCGCACAUUGCGACUUGAAGCCUGAUAAUGUAUUAAUCAACAUAUUUCCCGAUGAUGUAGUGCAUUUGAAAGUUGGUGACUUUGGUUAUGCACGAACAAUUCAUGAGCAUUCACUACGUUACACCAAAGUCGGCACGACAGCGUAUUUACCGCCUGAAGUCUCGCACGAUCAAUGGCGUCAUGCUCGCGGUUACAACAAGACAGUCGAUAUGUGGGCAAUAGGCGUGAUUAUAUUUGUAAGUUUAACCGGUUACUUUCCGUUUCACGAAGAAACGGAUAUCUUACCUCAACUCGACAACAUUCCAAAACUAUUUCAAGAUGAUAUAUUUACUCGUAUAACAAGUGAAGUGAAAGAUUUACUACGCUAUCGAUUAUUAGUGCCGGAUGCCGGUCAUCGAAUGCAUUCGGCUGGUGUGAUUUAUCACGAUUGGUUUCAGAAAUCGCAGAAUUUGCUUGCCUCAUGCAAACAACUUGAAGAAUGUCUCGAGAAAAAAUGGUUGACACUAUUCUUUGAAGAAACAGAUUCAAGUACAUCUGUUCCGGUUGCCACUACUGAAGAAAGCGACAGUAGUUAA